AUGGUGAGGGUGCACUCCGCGUCCGCGUCGUCGCAGGGGCUCGGCCUCGGCGCGGCCGGACCCGGACCCGUCGCUCCUCCACCUGAUCAUCAGCCAGCGGCGGCACGGCCACGGCGGGUGCACGGGAUCAGCGAGCAGCCGCCGGAGGUGUUCACCAUCUGGAUGAAGUCGCUGGUUCUCAACGGCAGCGGCUGCACCGUCUACGACUCCGCCGGGAGCAUCGUCUACCGCGUCGACAACUACGGCGCCCGCCGCGCCGCCGACGUCUGCUUCAUGGACGUCGCCGGCAACGUCGUCCUACAGAUACUCAAGAAGAAGAAGCUCGGGUUCGGGAGGAGGUGGGAGGGAUACAGGUGGGCCGACCAGGAGCAGGAGCAGGAGCGGCAGCGGCCGUGGUUAAAGGUAGUCCGGGCGUGGGCGUGGCGCGGGCCGUCGUGCUGCACCUGCGACUGCGAGCUCGGCCUGGGCCUCGGCCUAGGCGGGAGCGAGUCGACGACGACGACGACCGUGCGCUACAGGAUGGACGACGCGAGGAUCGCGCCGGCGCGCGGGGCCAGGAUCGUGGACGGAGCCACGGGGCUCGCCGUGGCCGAGGUGAAGCGGAAGACGACGGCCGAGGGUGUGGCGCUCGGCGCCGACGUGCUCACCCUGGCGGUGGAGCCCGGCGUGGACCGGUCUGUCAUCAUGGGGCUCGUGCUCGUGCACGGCCUCAUCAACCGCGCCAUGUGA